UUUCAGACACAAACUUGACUAAUUGCCGGACAUACAGGGCUGCUAGCUUCCAUAACGCGCACGUGACGAGAGGAGGAACAACAUUCUCGUAAACAUGUGUCUUCUGCUCGGUAAUCUUUAACUGAAACAAAUCAAACUCUUUGACUCCGCUUGAGUUCCUCCAGUUUGGUGAUGAACGAAGUGACAUUCUUUAAUCCACUGCGUUGAAAUAUGUGAGCAUUGUUUUGAAAUACCUGCUGGUGUGGUAUCAUAAAUAAUACUGUAUUGAAGUUAACCCAUGUGGAUGUUUGGAAUUCCGUGCCCACCUUUGUGCCGCCUGCCGAAAUGACAUCAGGCGAGCAGGACCGCCUACAGUUCAGAUAGCCUUCAGACGCGUCAUAUUGUUUUAUGAGCGCUAAUUGUGCAGGCCUGUUGUGGAUGACCCUCCCCCCUCUUCUUCCACCCCCACCCAUCGCUUCCUCCUCCCUCCCGGCAUUCUCUGGACGAAGCAGAGGAAUUUGGGCAGCUCCGGUAACACGAGACUGUGCACCGUCGCCCUUUCGCUGUUGAGGAUGACGACAAUCUAGCUGAUAACAAGCCCGCUUAAUGAUCCUUUGUGUUCCUCGUGAUUGUCUUCUUGGGAACACCUUCGGGAGGGACACAGGCCGUUGAAAUUCCACUCAAAACUCUUGUAUUUCGAAAUAAUUUCGUUGGAACACUUUCAACUUGGAUAGUUGAUACUUCAUACCUGGAUUCCUGUCGUGCAGAUUGUGUCCUUUUGGAAUUAUUUGUGUCGUCUGCGAGUGUUGUAGGCGGCGACGCCAUGAGGUCAACUGUUUUUCUGCUUAUCGUCCUACAGAUUGUGAAUGGGGAUCUCGUGGACAAGUCGACAUUACCUCCCCUUGACACCACACCGACAGAUCCCUGCUCAACCAGCCAUGAGAUCGCCUCAGCUGACCGAGUUGUCAGCAGCGACGUCACCACCGGCAGAUGCGACGACAACCUCAACGGCGGCUGGUACAGAUUCACCGUCAACGACGUUCCUGCCACAUUGCCAACGGUCUGCCUCAGGCCCGGGGCCUGUGGGGGCGCCGUGUCCUUGAGGAUUGACCUUGGUGACCAACCUCUCCCGGACGUGGGGAAGGAGGUGGAGGCGUGGUCGUGCGGGGCAUACGACAUCCUCGGCAAGUUCGACUGCUGCGUUCUCCGACAACCCGCCAAGAUAAGAAACUGCAGCAACUUCUUGGCGUACCAGCUGCAGAAGCCAGACCGGUGCGACGUGGCCUACUGCGUGGAACACCCUAGGGAGAGGAUUCCCUCGAAUGUCCUCAGAAAGUAUGGAGAAGACGUCUCCCCUCAAAGUGACGACACAACCACGCCAUCGUCAUCGUCACCAGCGACAACUCCAGACUUCGCUAACUCCAACUGGUGCAUUGAAGGUAUGGUCUGGUGCACGAGGGGAGCGCCGGGCUGUAUGUCUUACGAGGAUUGUUUGGCUAUACCCCUCACCACCACCAGCUCGAGCGACAUCACGACGGGGACGAGCCAGGCCACGACAGCACCAACUGCAACAACGGAAACCACACCAGCCAGCGAUGUCACAACUGAAAAAACAACAGUUGAUAGCGACGCCACAACAAGCCCUAAUAUAGCUGAGAAAACAACAUCUGGCAAUGACAUCACAACAUCCCCAAAUAUAGCUGGCGAAACAACGCUGGGCAGUGACGUCACAACAACACCAAAUAUAGCUGAGAAAACAACACUUGAUAGUGAUGCCACAACGCCUCCAUAUAUAGCUGAGAAAACAACACGUGAUAGUGAUGCUACAACGCCACCAAAUAUAGCUGAGAAAACAACACGUGAUAGUGAUGCUACAACGCCACCAAAUAUAGCUGAGAAAACAACACUUGAUAGUGAUGCUACAACGCCACCAAAUAUAGCUGAGAAAUCAACACCUGGCCGUGACGAUACAACAACCCCAAACAUAGCUGGAACCACGACUGAUUCUGGCGUAACAAAUACAGAAGCUGAGGAAACAACGACGCCGUCUUCGCCGUCAGCAGAUACGACGGUGUUACGGGGUCUUUUUCCGUUUACCACAGCACUUACCCCAAAUGAUGACUCGGUCACUACAGAGGAGUCUACAUCUCCUGGUCCCUCGCCUACAGCGUCAGUGACGACAAGUGGUGACUACUCGACGACAGGCAGCACUGGCGGAAUGUCUGGUUAUACCGAUAAUGUUCCCAGAACUGAUACCACAUCCACUGAUGGUGAUACCAGCAGCACUGCCAGAACGACUGAAGCCGCUCUGGUUCAGACAACGGGUUUUUCUUCCUCCUUUUCUUCCUCGAGUACAGCUGCAGCUGCAGGGGGUCACGUGGACAGAUCCACUAAUCAGGAAACGACAUCCAGUAUCAGCUCUACAUCAGCGGCUUCUUCGUCCUCAACUAUGGCGUCUACAGCUUCAUCAUCUUCAGCCACACAGUCAACGUCACCCGUUCAUUCGACAGAAGGUUCUUCCUCUAGAUCUCCCGGUUCUUCCUCCACCGAGUCCGCAGUCUUCACCACUGAGGCUGGUUCUACCAAAGCAACUAGCACAUCCCCUCCAGGUUCAGUUGAUGGGCGGAUUGUGCUCGAGUUUGCAACUGACACUAACGUAAAUUAUACUGCAAGUGCCAAGAAGUGCAUGUCGGAGCUACUGAACACCUAUGACGAGACGGGACGAAAUAUUGCACACACCUUCAAUGCCGGCGAUGUCAACGUGAUGACAGUGGAUACGUCCUCGACGACAACGACCGUAGUACUGAGAGUUGUGCUCGACGAAUCAGUGGGGAGAGUUGUAAUGACAGCCCGGGAUCUCAUCAACAUGCUGAAAUAUCUCCAGAAAGAGAACAGACUGAACACUCAACAGUGUACGCGUAAUUUGGGGAAGAUGCAGGACUUCUACAGAUAUGGAGAACAGCCCACCACGCCACCUCCAAAGUCUAGGCGCAGCUACUCGCUGUUCUAUGACAAGCUACCUCUAUUCAUCGCCAUCAUUGUCAUGGUAACGGUGUGCUUCCUCAUCCUGAUCUUCGGCAUCGUUUACCUCCGCUUCUUCCACCACCAUAGGAAAUGGGACAGGACUAAGGACGUGGAGCGGGCCAAGUUGAAGGAAACCAAGGAGCAUCAAGGGCUAGAGAACCCAGUACCUGACUCUGAAAUGAUGAAAGACGAGGCGGUCGUGACCGAGACGUCACUCACCGUCAAUGGCUCCCACCCCCAGCAUUCCGUCCCCCUCGACGAUGACAAGGGUUGGGUCAUACCGAUAGACCAAGCACCAGAAACUCAGUUCGAGGUAGCACUGAAGUCAGAAGAUACGCAGUUAUAGGAAUUAGUGCAAUGAGAAAUCCAGCAUUCAGGGCGAAAACAGUUGACUUUCUACACAAUAUGAUCAUUGACAAUCAUUUACUCAAAAACGAUACCUCUGAGGAAGAUCUGGGGACACUUUUGAUCAGCCAAUCAGUGACGAGGCUUCUAAAUUCUCCGUACGAAAGAGCGAAACAUUCAGACAAGCAGGUCGGACUUCUGUAUCUCGUAAAUAAAUAUAAAUGGGGAAUUCCGAAUGCAAAAAUAUUAAACUAUUAAAUUGUUAUCGGUAUUUUACAUAUACUGUCGUUUCUGCGCGCCAUGGCAUCUGAGUAGAAAAAGUGCACUGUCGGUGACAUGUUGCACUCUUCCUCUGCUAAGAUAAUAAUUUCCGAAUCGAGGUGGUAAUGAAACUCGUUUUAGAAAGUUGACAUUUGAUUGGCUCAAGACCUCAUGAAUUGUGUCAUAUUAAUAUGAUUUUAUUUUUUUUAAACAAUGCAAAAUUGGUUCAUGACGUCAUCAGUAGACAGCAUUACUGUACUAAGAGAUUAGUGUGGUUUGAUGCACAAACCAGAGACCAUAAGCCAAUAUAUGGUCUCUGCACAAACGAACAUGCUAGUUUGUUAUAUGAAACGACGCUCAUGUGACGUCAUAGAUCCAUGACUCGCCAUGCACUAUUUGUCUCAUACAGAUUCGCGUGUAAAGUUUGGAAAUCACGUGCAGCCAUCGCGAUAGGAAUAAAGACACUGUGGAACACUUAACUGAUUGUUAGUUUUGUCAUUAAUUGGUACAGAGAAACAUCUUCUCAAUAUGUUUCUUUUGGCGGUGAGUAUUGUAUAACGAACAAUAAAUAUGUACUUUGCUCUCCCAAGGCUGACACAAUACAAUUUUUAUUACUAUAUGCUUUUUACAAUACGGAAACACACUCUUCUAAAUAUAAUCUCGAUUUCGUAAGGAAACAGCAGGCUGCAGAUUAUUAUUGUGGAAUUCACAAAUCAACUUAAUGUCUUCAUUGUAAUAUUUAUGUAUAACCGAAGUCACGGGCAGAAAUGCCGUUCAUCUCAGCAUUAUGUAUAUAUUCACCAUUCGUUUCAUUUUAAAUUAUCAUAUAUUAAAUGCCUAGCGAUGUUUGAAAGAUUAUGGAUUGUUUUAUAAAUAUAUAGAUAUAUAGAUAUAUAUAUAUUUAAGCUUGUUUGUAUGCAUGCUUCAAAAAGAGAUAUCUCUGGUCAUUCUGACAUUUAAUAUCAUAAUCAUUCUUGUCUGCACUAUAGCACUAGUUAAAAUAUAUAUCAUCCUGUAACAUAUUAAUGUGUAUUUCGUUUGUAACAUGUCACACAUGAGCUUUUAAGACUGCUGUAAAUAAAGUAGUGCGUUCAUUA